AUGGGAGAAAGGGAUGGCGAUGCACGGGUCCUGAUAGUAAUCAGCCUCUUCUUCGCGUGCGUCGUCGUGGGGGGUGUCUUCCUCAGCCUCUACACAUUCCGUCCUAAGACCGAAUCCCCCAGCUGGCUCUACCCCGCCGGCAUAGUCCUUGAGGCCAUUCCACUAUGCUUUUGGCUUCUUGGUUAUCUCCGCCUUUGUCUUCUUUGUUCAUACCAUUGGUUCCGGCCUUCGCCAGAAGGGUUUACUGCUGGCGUAAAUAGCAUUGUUGAGGCGCCAGAACCGGCGUUGCCGGAAAAUCCGCAGUUGCCGGUGAAUGAUUCCCCGCAUGGUGGGGACAAUGACGAUGACGAGCAAAGACAUGUUCAUUUUGGCCCUGUGAUUGUGAUGGGGAAUGAGGAGCAAAACGGACAUCAAUCAAGCGUUGAAGGGCAUAAUAAUAACGCUCUGGGAAAUGAAGAAGGCGGAGGUGAUCAUUCUCAUAGCAACAUAGGGUCGACUUCAAACGUGUUGAAUGAUCAGGAUCUGUCGAUCGCUUUGAGGGAAAGCGAGAUGAGGGAAAGUGAGAUGCCAUUGACUGGUGUUUCCUCUUGUAAAUGA